UGGUGGCAUCAUUUUAACCAAUAAAACAUCAACAUCUGAUCCUCUGUGAUUCUCAGUAAGAAGCUUCCAGCAGCUGUGAGGAGAGAUAGUGUUAGAAGUGAAUGUGUGACGCCCAUCCCAGCGAGAAGAGUCACUUCUGAAAUAAACGAGGAGGAGCUCAGGAACAUCAUUAGAGGUGCUGAUGACCCUCCAGUCACGCUGGAAUAAAGACCCUCGCCGUCUGGACGAUGAAGAUCACUCUUACUGUGUGCUGAUCUUUACACAGUCAGGAGAUGAGUUCUGCUCUCAUUCAUGACAAACUCUUCAUCAAGUCAUUCUGGGAGCAAAAGAUCAACAAUCACAGUCACAUGACAGAAGCUGAAGACGAGAGGAUGAAGAGGAGCGCUCUCACCAAGCUGCGUGACGAGUGGCUCACCAGACUGGAGCUUCGGACCAAACAUCUGAAGAAUUUUGGCGACAAUCGCGGGGGAAAUCCAGCCCUGAACUAACAAACAGAUCUGACUGUGACACACAGAUGAGUGCAGCUCAAUAAACA